AUGUCCCUGAGAUCAGAAUUAACUGUAGAAGUAGGACCCAAGACUACCAAUCAAGUCCCCGCAUGCUGCUCAGCUCGCUACAGUCUAGCACUGCUGGCCUUCUUCGGGUUCUUCCUCCUGUACGCAUUGCGUGUGAACCUGAGUGUUGCUCUGGUGGAUAUGGUAGAGCCUAACACGAGCUUAGUGAAGAAUACGACUUCCAAUGUGUGUCCGGAGCAUUCCUCCACCAUAACUGUUCCUCGCAACACAACGGGGGAAAAAUAUUCUUGGGACGCUGACACUCAAGGAUGGAUCCUUGGUUCUUUUUUCUAUGGCUAUAUCAUUACUCAAAUUCCAGGAGGAUAUCUUGCAAGCAAAAUUGGAGGAAAGCUGUUACUGGGGUUUGGCAUCUUUGGUACAUCUGUGUUUACCUUGCUUACUCCCUUAGCUGCAAAUUUGGGAGUUGGCUACCUCAUAGCUGUCAGAGCCUUGGAAGGACUGGGAGAGGGUGUUACCUUCCCAGCCAUGCAUUCGAUGUGGUCUUCUUGGGCUCCUCCAUUGGAACGCAGCAAACUCCUUAGUAUUUCAUACGCAGGUGCACAGCUGGGUACUGUUGUCUCUCUGCCACUAUCUGGUUUAAUUUGCUACUAUAUGAACUGGGUUUAUGUGUUUUACAUAUUUGGUGCACUUGGGGUAUUAUGGUUCUUCUUCUGGAUGUGGUUGGUUAGUGAUACACCAGAAACUCACAGGAGCAUUUCACAUGCUGAAAGAGAAUAUAUACUCUCUUCUUUAAAAGAUCAGCUUUCUACACAGAAAUCUGUUCCCUGGAGACCUAUGCUGGAGUCCCUUCCGCUCUGGGCGAUCGUUGUGGCACACUUCUCUUAUAACUGGACUUUCUAUACGCUUCUUACGCUCUUGCCCACAUACAUGAAGGAGAUCCUGCGGUUUGAUGCACAGGAGAAUGGGUUUUUAUCUGCCCUACCUUAUUUUGGCUGCUGGUUAUGUAUAAUUCUGUCUGGGCAAAUUGCUGAUUAUUUACGGGAAAAACAGAACUUGUCCACUGUUUGUGUUCGCAAAUGUUUUACCCUAAUAGGAAUGAUUGGACCUGCAGUGUUCUUAGUAGCAGCUGGGUUCAUAGGCUGCAACUACGCACUGGCUGUUGCGUUUGUGACCAUAUCGACAACCCUGGGAGGAUUUUGUACAUCUGGCUACAGCAUCAACCAUCUGGACAUAGCACCUUCGUAUGCUGGAAUCCUCCUUGGGAUCACAAAUUCUUUUGCUACCAUCCCAGGAAUGGUGGGACCAGUUAUUGCCAAGAAUCUCACUCAUCAUAAUACUGUGGGAGAAUGGCAGACUGUUUUCUAUAUUGCUGCUUCUAUUAAUCUAUUCGGAGCAAUUUUCUUUGCAUUAUUUGCAAGUGGAGAAGUUCAGAACUGGGCAGUCAGUGGAUAUCACUUGCAUAGAAACUGAAGGAGAUGUUGAAAUACCAAAGCUGUGCUGAAUCCCAACGUGCUAGAAUUAUGUGACCAGAAAAGUGCCUUCCCUACUGAUGCCUAGGAGUCUUCAGAGCUUUUCAGUUAAACUAUUUUAUCUUUUGUACUGAAAAUCAUCUGACAGCAUAUGCGUGCUGUUUCCUAGCAAGAAACUACUUGGAUUAAAUAUAACAGUUUCGUGCUAAGACUUGAUAUCAAAUAUAUGAUCAGAGACAACAUUUUAAAUUGGUGUACUAGGCUCCAAUUCUUUCCAGUUUUUAAUUAAUAUUUUCUGAAUCAAUGUGUAGGCAGAUAUUGGUUGAUACUGAAAUUAGAGGAAAAAGCAAAGUGAUUACGUAGCACUGUAAGGAGGA